AUGUCUGUUCAGGACACAUCCCGGCGGGCCACGACGCCACCACCCCUCAAACCUGAGACCAAACCGCGACCGCACAUCCCUCCGAAACCCUCCCCACAAUGCACCUCCCCUUCUCUGGGGGAGAGAGGCAGCUUCUUGAGGCUUUCAGGAGGGGAGGUGAAGAGGAUCGUGAGCCAGUUUAGUAAAAAUGACUCAACUGAAGCAGAGGAACAACCCACCAAUGGUGCCGCAGAACCAAAGGCCGUUAAGCGCUUCAAGAGGCCGCCUACGGUGAAGCCCAAACCGAACCGAGCCAGUCUGCAGCUUCAGCUCGGGGGGGAGAAGGCCCCCCCGCUGCCCGUGAAGAGGAGCCCACACCCUCAAGAGGCAGAACGAGAUGAGGGGGAGGCGGACAGCAUCGGGGUGGAAGGAGGUCGAUCAGCUCCGGAUGGAAAAGAGGUGGAGUCUCAGAUGGUGGGAGGGGGUGAGGUGGAGGCGGAGCUUAGUCCUCACACCCCUCUGAGUCCCAGCUGUGAGCCGGGCUGCAGCUGUGCGUGUCACCGGCAGUGGCCCGGCAUGAAACUCAUAUGGGUGCCCGUGGACGAGGAGGAGGAAGAGGAGGAGGGGGGAGACGAUGAAGAGACUGAUGUGGAAGAGCAGCAGCAGCAGGAGGAGGAUGAUGAUGACUACUGGGAGGAGGAUGAAGAGGUGGAGAGGGUGGGGGAAGGGGAGAGCGAGGCGGGGGACGAGGUGGACAGGAUGUCGGUGAUCGACGAGGACGAGGUGUCCAAGCAGGAUAAGGCGAAGUUCCACCAGUGUUUGGACGUUUUAAUCUCCGAUGGCAACAGGAGGCGCUCGGACCCCGGCCCUCACUGUGUUCUCACUUCGCUAGCCGCCAUCCGCUCCGAGUCCCCCCCUGUCCCCCCAAAACGGUCUCAGUCCCCACAGGUCCAGCCCGCCCAGAACGAGGAGGAGAAUAUUUACGAGGCCACCCUUCCCAUGGUCGAGCGCGCUCCUAAAAAGACUGUGUGCAAGGAGCUGGAUAUUCCUCUUAUAAAAGUGCGCAAACCAGCCCGCCGGAACAAACUGCCCUACAGCUCCUCAGACCCCACGUCCGACUUUCAGACUGAACCCCUCACCAGCCCGGACGAGGAGCCCCCUGCCGUCCCACCCAGGAUGCCUGUUCACCCCGAUGGUCGCAGCCUCACGCCCGUACACAGAGCUGGGAUCCCCCUCCCACAGCCCACCCUGGAGGAGUGGCGCAACCUGCGGCCCGCGUCCCCCUGCGGCUCUGUCUCCAGCGGCCUGAGCCCCCAGAGAGCCCUCACUCCUCCACUCAGCCCUUGCAGACCCCCCCCUCCGCCACCAAAGACAGACCCCAGGAGGCUCAGCAGUGCCUCCAUGCAGUCCCUCACACAGAGAAGAGAAGAAGAGCAGAACGGGGGGAAUGAAGGCGAGACAGCAGAAGAACCGCGUCCAAUCAGGAGCGGGUCCCUCAGGAGGGAGACUUCGUUCAGCUGGGAGUCCCGCCUGCAGGAUGAGCCUCUGUACCAGACGUACCGAGCCACUGUCAUCACCAAGGAGAUCCGACGGCAGACAGUUUGUCGCACCAUCAGCAAAACCAGUGUGGACUACGCCAUGGACUGGACGGCCCGUCACCCAGGGGCCAGUACAGGGACCGGAGCCAGCACUGGGUCAGGGACCAGCACUGGGUCAGGGUCCGGACCCCCCCGGAGCAGCACUCUGCCCACGCCGGGUCAGAGCACCCUGUGGCAGGACCUCCCAGCUGUUCGGGAGGCUGGGGUGCUGGAGCAGCUGACCCCGGAGCAGUGCAAGUACCAGGAGAGUAUGUUCGAGGUGUUGACCUCCGAGGCCUCUUACCUCCGAUCCCUGCGAGUUCUGACCGAACACUUCCUGGACAGCCGGGAGCUGGAGGAGACGAUGAUCAUCAGAGAGAAGAAGACCCUCUUCUCCAACAUCCUGAGGAUCCGGGAGGUCAGCGAGAGGUUCUUGAAGGACCUGGAGGACCGAAUCUUCCAUGACGUGGUCUUCUCUGACAUCUGUGACAUCAUCCACUACCACGCCCAGCACAACUUCCCAGCUUACAUCGACUACGUCCGCAACCAGAUCUACCAGGACAAGACCUACACCUCGCUCCUGAAGAACAACAUGCAGUUUGCCACGGUCAUCACUCGUCUGCAGGAGUCUCCUAAAUGCCAGCGGCUGCCCUUCAUGUCUUUCUUGCUGCUUCCCUUUCAGCGAAUUACACGCAUCAAGAUGCUCAUUGAGAACAUCCUGAAGAGAACAAAGGAGAGGACAGCAGAGGAGCAGACGGCCUCCAAGGCUUUGGCCUCAGUCUCCAAGAUCAUUGUCGAGUGUAACACGCAGGUGGGACAGAUGAGACAGAUGGAGGAGUUGAUCCAUAUCCAUCAAACGCUUGAGUUUGACAAGCUCAAGGCCGUCCCAAUCAUCUCCCAGACACGACACUUGGAGAAGAAGGGAGAGCUGCAGGAAAUGUCCAAAGGAGCGACUCUCUUCCACAUGAGGCCAAAGUUCACCCCCAUCUACCUCUUCCUCUUCAACGACCUGCUCAUCAUCGCUGCCAAGAAAGGUACGGAGCGUUUUGUGGUUCUCGACCACGCCCACCGCUCUCUGGUGCAGGUGCAGGCAGCAGAUGAAGGUGGGGGGGGCAGCAGCGGCCCCCUGGAGCACUGCUUCAACCUCACCCUGCUGGAGAACCACCAGGGGCGCAUGAUGGAGCGGCUCCUCAAAGCCCCCUCGCAGUCAGACAUGCACAGGUGGAUGGCGGCUUUCCCCAACCCCACCAACCCAGACAGAGAUGAAGAUGAAGUGAUUUAUGAGGACUGGGAUUGUCCCCAGGUGCAGUGUGUGGAGCAGUACGUCGCCCAGCAGGCAGACGAGCUCACCCUGGAGCCCACUGAGAUCAUCAACGUCAUCCGGAAGACCAACGAGGGCCUCUAUGAAGGCAUCCGCCUGUCUGACGGUCAGAAGGGCUGGUUCCCCAUCGGAAACGUCAUCGAGAUCACCAACGAGCAUGUGAGGCGGCGGAACCUCCGCGAGCGCUACAGAGUGAUGCAGGCCGCCAGCAUGGUCUCCAGCAGCAAGGCCAGCACCAUUCACUGAGAUACAGGAAAUCACUCUUUAAAAAGGACCAAGAACUCUUGAUUCCAGAACCAGGAAAUGAAAGAUAAAAGGAGAUCAUGACAGACCUUUAAUCAUCGCCUUAUUUAUAUGACUAGAGUGCGGGCUGGGAGCUUGACAGAAAUCAUUUACUCCCGACACUGAAAACGAUGUGAAUGACUUGCAUUACAUAACAGCAGCUGUAGAGUUGACCUCCUGCUAGCAUGUGGCUCUGCAUCAGCUGAAAUGCCGGUCUUUCUAGUCAUUGCUCAACCAGAUUGUACAUAUCAGACCUGCAGCCUGAAGACAAAAGGGUUUGGCUUUCCUGUAAACGCCCCUUGUGCCACAAGUUGAAACAUCUCAUUCCUGCCAUGCACGACAACCUGUCAUGUGUCACUUCUGUGGCCAGAAUACAGGAUAUGACAUGUUUUUAUGGAACAACAAUCUUGUAGAAGGCUCAUAACUACUGCAUUUUAUCUCAGCAAAAGACCAACUUUGGAAUACAUAUUAUCAGGAAGUGCCUUUUGAAUAAACUCUAAAUCCCUAUCAGGGCUUCUAUCAAGCACAAUAGCUUUGUAAAGGCAUGUGGACCGAGCUGUACUGCCAGUCAUUGUGCUGUCCACUACCUUGUGUCAGUAACCGUUGUGGAACAAUAGCCCCCCCUGCUGCGUGGGGUCAGUAAAGGAAGGAUAUUAUAUGUUGAUAUGCUGUAAAUGUAUUAUGUUGUAAAUAAUAAGUGGGGGAUUCUCUCCUUCAGAAACAGUAGUAACGCUUUUAAUAAAAGAAACAUGUAAUGCUUUUGAUAAAA